UCAGCAAUCGCUUACCCCUCCCUCUAUACUGGGUCUUUCUCUCUGUAGAACGUCUUUCGCCCAUUUUCGUUCUCGAUUCUCUCUCCUCAACUGCUCUUUCUCUCUCUCUUUCUCUCUCCUCAAGAGCAACAAUGGCGAUGAACAAUGGACUGCGAUCUUGUGCCUCGAAGUUGAUGAAUUCUUCUGGGUUGAUCUUAUCCAAGCCAGCAAGCAGAGAAAUUCACUCAAGUGGCAUGAAAAUGAUGGGCGGACAUGGUCAUGAUGAGCCAUUCUAUCUUCAUGCGAAGCACAUGUACAACUUGGACAGGAUGAAGCACCAGAAAUUGACAAUGUCCGUUGCUGUAUUGGCUGCCUUUAGCAUUGGAGUCUUUGUCCCAGUAUAUGCAGUUGUGUUCCAGCAAAAGAAGACUGCAUCUGCUUAACUUCGUUAUAGUUCCUUUUGCCUAUUUGGUAGGAAGUUACAUACAGACUACCUGUCUUAAAGCCCUGUAUUGAAAGAUUAUGAUGCCUUUUUCAUUUCAGUUUCAGUUUCAGUUUCGCGGUGUGGAAUUUUCUUUUGCUAAAACUUGGGAAAGGUGAAUGUCACAAUAAUAUUUUUUUGUAAGAAUCUCUUCUGCUGAAUCAGCUGUAAGAACCGGAGAUUGUUAUGUUCUUUUUUUCAAUAAAUUUUUCUCGUACCUUGCAUUUGUUAUA